AAGACAUUGCUCGGCGAGUCAGGUUGCCUUUAUAUGCGAACGUACCAUCGACAUGUUCCUUGUCUCUUCUGGCCAGACGGAAAUCAAGCUCAGGUUCUAGGACCGUAUCUCAGGUCUAAAUGAUCGGCGCCAUGUCCAUGCUGACCAUCGGCCUCACCGCACUCGCCAUCACACUGGGUCUCCCAGCCCCCUCCGCGGCCGCACCCGUCGAGAACGCCGCUGGGACCGAUCCUUGUGCUGUGAUCGCUGGACAGACGUUCGUGGUCCCGGCUGACGCCAUGGCGUGUCUGACGUCUUUCCCGUUCAACGAGACCCUGCGCCAGAAUGUGCUGGAUGUCGUGUCGAAGGUGUUUGAUUUUUAUACGUUCGAGGAUUAUUAUUUGGCUCCUGUUCCGGAGUUUGGACAGCCCGCGGUGAAUAUCCGUGCAGAGCUUGCGCGGAUAAAUGGUACGACAUACGACUCCGACUAUGCGUUCAACAAGGAUCUGUACGACAUGGUGAACAGCCUCAACGACGGACACACCGGAUGGUAUCCCUACUGCUAUUGGGAUACCUUCCAGAAUCUUCUACCAGCACCCGUGGUUUCGCUCGAAGUAGACGGUGUCUCGAGCGUUUAUGUCGUCCCGGACCUUGUCGAUUUUCUCAGCCUUAUCGGGACGGACUACACGUCGUACUUCGAUAACAUCGAAUUCGACUAUGCUCGCCUUGCGGGUGCUCAGGUGCUCGAAAUUAACGGCAUGGAUGCAUACGACUACGCCGAUUACAUCGCAGACACGGUCACCGGCAAUUAUAUCGACCACGGCGUGCGCGUCAACAGCGUGUUCAGCAGUUAUCGCAUCUCGGACAAUGCUCUCUCGCAACGGUUCGGCGACAUCGCGGGUCCUAUAUUCCCUGAACAGGAUAAUCUGACGAUGACGCUCAUUCCUGUCAACGCGACCGAAUCGGAGACGGUGGUGAUCCCGUUCUUGGCGGUCUAUACUGGCGAGCCGUUCACCGAUUCGGCAUCAUACUGGGGGCUCAACUGCGCCGCAAACAACGAGACGAAUGGCGUUGAUUAUAGUUCCGUCGGUGUUUUCACAAGUAGCGGAUCGUUGCACCCCCGUGCCGUCUUGGCUAAAUCUUCCUCCGAUGGUGUCGGCUUACCUUCUCAAUUCGUGCCAAAUCUGCCUAUGGUGAGCGGUAGCGAAGGUGUCAUCAAGAACUAUAUUUUAGAUGAUAAUAUCACUGGAGUGAUGUUCGUGGGCUCCUUCGACCCAGACAACUACUAUGAUUUCCAAUACGACGUUUCGAAUGCAACUGCGGACCUGUUGGCUGCCGGAGUCUCCAGGCUGAUUAUUGAUCUGACCAACAACGGAGGGGGAUAUGUCUGCCUUGGAGAGUUCCUCCACCAAUACCUUGCUGGAGAUAGCUUCGGCUUCCCGGGCUAUUCGACCGCUAUUCGUGCGAAUAUGUUAGCACAGAAGAUUGUGGCUGCUGAUAUAGCCCUUGAUGUUCCCGAUGAAGAAGUCUUUUACCCUCCGGACAAUUGGGCAUUUACCAACGACACGGUCAUGCCAGACACAUACAAUUAUAUCACGCCUGAUGUGACGAAGACGAUUAACAACGUCACGUAUGCUGAAUCCCAGCGCUUCUACGAUGUUUGCACGCCCUUCAAUGUCACUAUUCCUAAGAACCCUCCGUUCGACCUAAACAACGUUGUUAUCGUCAGCAAUGCCGAUUGCGCUUCGACUUGCGCUCAGUUCAGCACGCUCAUGUACGAACGACACAAUACGACGAUCGCCGUGUUCGGAGGCAAGCCCGGGGAGACCAUGCAGUUCAAAGGUAUGGCCGGAGAGCAGGUGCUAGAGUGGUACGAUAUCGACUCGGAGAUUAAGACGGCCCAGUUGCAAGAUGAUCCACUAGCUCCUCCAGAUCUCCUCGUCAGUGCUGAUUUUCGGCACAAUUGGAGAACAGCAUACAGCUGGCGUGAUGAGGAGAUUCCGAUCGCAUACUAUUCAGAGCUCCCUCAAUACCGUUUCCCAUAUACGAUGGACACAUACAUGAACCCACAGAACCUCUGGUCCUUUGCCGCAAGCCAGCUUUUUAGCUGAGGCUACUGUUCACAAAAGUUCUUUCGGUGGUAUGCUCGGAUACAGCUAGGCAUUUUGACUGUGUAAUGAUGGAGGCUACACUUAAUAGUAUGGUUAGCUGUGGAUAUGAAUACUUACACUGUGCGAUGUUGCAUUUUUGAGCCUUCGUUCUCUGCCUCGUUGAUGAUAGCUAUAUACAGGAUCGCGAAG